UUUUGGUUCCUGCUCGAGCUGGUUUACGCUCGCGUCCUCUCUUCUUCGUGACGGUUUCUCCCGCGCAUCAUUCAAGAAAAGGACGUCGGCGGCGACGUCUUCUUCCGACGGCGGUCCCCUUCUUCUAAAGAAGAAACGAACCUUGUCGCUCACUCCCUUUUCCGUCUUCGCCCGGGGUAACUCAGACCACGCCACUACUCACAGGAGUCCUGCGCUAACGCCUCGCGCAAGCGCAAUCCUUCACUCCGCAAUCUGGCGCCGGUCUGCAAAGAACAGCCAGUGCAGGGCCACACCGUCGAGCCGGUCGCCGCGGCUGUGAUCGCUCCUCGCAUCGUGAAAAGGAACCCGGAUCGAACAGAAACGAAGGCGACGGCCGUCCACUAGCAGGAUACGAGCAGCAGCAGCCAGCCAGCCAAGCCAGCCAACCCCCCAAGCCAGGCCCGCUCUCCUCCCCUCUUUCUUCCCUGCCGGCGAGAGUUGCCCUACCGCUGCCGCCGCCACCGCCGCCGCAGAAUCGUCCGAGGUUGUAGUACUACGCGCAGCCGCCGCGCGAGUUGCCGCGACCACUUCUUCGCCGUGUUGGUGCUGCCGGGUGCCGGUCGACGUCGUCGUAGUCGUCGUCGCUGCGGGCGGGGGAGAUUGGACCGGAUACCGGCGCGCCGCAGGCACCACUUCGCCGCGGUUCCAGCCACAACGUCCCGGUGCUGCCGCCGUUCUUCGCCUUUUUCCGGAAGGACCCGCGUUCCCUCUCGGCCGAAGGAAGUGUCUUCUUCUGUGUGCGUGCGUGAGCCGUGCUCUCUUGAGCACCGUGGUGGAUAUACAGACGACAGCCGAGAGAGGUCCGUCUUGAAACAGCUGCCGCCGCCGCUCGCUCUGAGCUCCGUCGCCGAGACCCGAAGGAGCUCUAUCUUGUGCUGACCCCCGUCAGCCUGUUCGUUCUCUUGUUUGCGCUUCACCUCCUGAUUGUCUACCUCGAGAAGUAUUUUCUCUGCGGAAUACGGCCGCACGUUUUUUUCCCGUCCUCUCUGCGUGUUUUUGAGUUCGCCUCGUCUGCUGUUCGUCUGCUCGGCGCGGCGGGCCCAUACCCCCGCUACCCACGGAGAGAACACCACCGCUGCCGCUGUAUCGGCUGCUCAGUGUGUGCUCGUGAUUGUGCGUGUGUGCCCGUGCUUGUGGCACUGUGUGUAAAAAAAAAAAAAGAAAAGCCAGCCGUCCUUCUCGGCGCCGAACCCCUCCUGUUCCCGUGGUCGCUCUAUCGCGGGGGGUCAAGACGGCGGUCCCUGCCCGCAUUGUCAUCGUGAGAGUGUCAGGAGAUGCGUCAUGACGAUCAGCAGCUGACUAACGACCUGUCCGCUUCGUCCGACGACGCGAUGGAGUCGCUAACGGACAACACGUUGACCGUCGGCGCUCCGCCGGCAGCAGCGCACGACGGGGUCGUGAACCCGGCCUUCGGCCACGGCGAGGAAGAGGACGAGCGCAACAACCUGCGCAGGAGCAGUCAGCAGAAGAGCCUCGAGGAGGAGAAGAACGCCGUCAACCAGCAGCAGCAGCAGCCGCAGCCGAACGGCAAGAUCCUCAACCACCACCGGAUCCAUAUUCCGGACGACGCGGUCAUCAACUACGACACGGCGCGCACGCGCAAGUCCCUGCAGCAUCGCAACGGCGACGUGGUCGCGCUGGACGUGUUCGCGGACUCGGCCAAGGCGCAGGAGGCCCUGAUGGGAGGGCUGGCCAACGGCGGCUCCGAGAGCGUGCGGCCGGUCUCUAGUCCCCUGACGAGCAGCAGCACGGCGGCCGCCGGAGACGCCGGCACCAAGAUGUUCGAGGAGUAUUUCAUUCCCGUCAACACGCACAAAAAGUUCCUCCGGGGCGAAAAGCUUUAUUUAACAAAAGAAAAAAGAAAAGUGUGUUCCGGGUGGAAGCGCAUGUUCUUCUGCUGUCUUCUACUCAUGAUCUUAGGCAUCGCUGUUCUAGUGGGAGUGUUAGCAGCAACUGGGUUCCUGCUGAGUGAUUCUAAGUCCUCUCCAAAGUCCGUUCACGUCGAUCCGAGUAGUUCGAGUAUGUAUGCCGGCUCGUCGACGCUAGAGGGUGCGCCGCAGCCAAGAGAAACCAGCCCGCCACCCACCCAACAGUCAUUACCGCCAUCAUCGCCGCCAAUCGUAGUCAUUUCUUCCGCUACCACCAGUCCAACCACGCAACCGACCCGACCUCCAUCGACGACAGUCACCGAGCCUACCGCGACCUCGGUCGCCACCGUCAGCACAAGGGACCAGUCCAUUGCGACGACACUGUCUCCCGUGGUGGUUGAAGUCACGACAGAAAGCGUAACCACGGUGUCGGAUCUGACGUCUACAUUUCACGGCUCCGUCGAGUCUUCAAUCACUACGAGUGUUCCGGUAACGGGUCAAGCCUCGCUCACGACCGUCGACUACAACCAGACAGACGGGACCGACGGUCCCGCUCCCGGCGUUCCAGUCACCAGCGCUCCGUCGACCACAUCUGUCCCGACGACGGCUGUGCCGUCGACGUCGGCCGAGGCCCUGCCGUCUACGGAGACGGCUGUAACGGAGAAAGCGGGUUCCACCGCAGAGACCUCUACCGUCACGCCUCCCGCGUUUGGAGCAACCACCAACGCAGCCACGACUGUGACCGAUGGCCCGACGACGACAGCAGGUACAACCAUGCAAGCACCGUUCACUGCUACUGGCUCCGCGUCCACCACGACUUCUGCAACGGUGACUCCGACAGAGCAGGAGCUGACCACCGUUGGCACGAGUGCGAUUCCCGAGAGGACAGCGACAACACCGGCAGCGGUCGAGACCACGGCCAGAGCCGAAAGCACGACCAGUCUGUAUGAGACGACGGUGGCCUCGCUGACCGAGAGCUCGUUGCCGACAGACGUGGGGACGGCGACGACGACAAGUUCGCCAAGGGAUGAAGAGUCGUCGAUGGUUACGGAGCCCGUUACAGCCGCGAGCACCGAGGAACGUACUCCCACCGGCGGUCUCCCUCUUCCUGGACCAAACGCUGUUGUUGGUGAGAUCACCCUUCCGGAAGAAAUUUUCAGCGAAUCUCUGAACAACAAGUCCUCCAUAGAAGCAAGAGAUCUCUCGAACCAGCUGAAACAAGGGUUAGAAGACAUCCUCAAGGGACUUGGGUACCGCUACGAGACGGUGGACAUUCUGAAGUACAGGAAAGGCAGCGUGGUGGCUUCGUUCGUGGUGGUCGGCGGCGACCUGCCUGCGGCCAAGGUCAAGGUGGCCAUCCGAGACUUCCUGGCCAAGAACAACGGCACGCUCAGGGGACGUCCCGUAGACUCGGCGUCGGUUGUCGCCAAGGACGUGACGAACUGGUGCAAGGUGGCCAACGGGGGUUGCCUCGGCAGCGUAUGCGAGUGGGACUACCUGAGUGGCACCAAAACCUGCAUCUGCCUGCCCGGCACGAGUAGGCUGAAUGAGACCGCGUGCGCGCAGCCAGAAGCACCCGCAGUAGCAACAACUGUAGAUGAAAAUACUGGAAUAACAACCCUUCUGCCAACAAGCGACAUUACAGAAGUCACUUCAGAGCCUACAAUGAGGAAAGUGGAAUGGACAACAACACCCGCGGAAGAGGCAUCAACCACCCCUCGAGAGGCAGCGGUGUCAGAGACAACGACACGAAUGACUGCACCUCCCUUGCCUCUGACGACGACAACGCAGACGCAAGUGCCAACGGACGCAGUAACGACGACUACCGCAUCUGUUACUGAAUUGUCAACGACGCCUGGACAAGAGACAACGACGUCACCCAAGAUUGCAAUACCUCCGGGCACAUUGAUUCUGCUCGCAACAACUGCUUCUCCAACCACGACCGCUGAACCAGUCUCCGAGCCAAGUUCUCCCGAGAUGGCAACGAGCGACGCUACGACAAUUCCGACAACUGAAGGCACAGUGCCGACGACGACGAGCCUUGCCACAGUGCAGGCCACCGAGCACACGACCAGCGCGACCUUGACGACUGAGCCACAGAAGGCGACCGACGUCGAAAGUCUGACGACUCGAGAGAUCCGUCAAUCGACGGUGGCAGCCUUCGUGACUGAAAGUAGCGACGUCACUAACGCAACGGCGAGUAUGGUGACAGACGCCGGAACUACGUUGCAGACCACUGAACAGACUACCAUUGCCGUUGUGUUUGAAGAGACCACUACUUCUGGCAUGGUGACAGGAGGCCCUUUGACAACGGAAGUCGGGGAAUUAACUACCGUGCCCGUGCCGUUAAACGAAACGUCGGUGACUAACGUUCCAACGAACGAAACGACACUCACUUCGUCAGUUUCUGCUGAGAACAGCACGGAAGAGACCACGAUGUCGUCAGUCACCGUUCCAUCCGUCAUGGUGUUCUCAUUAGCGCCUGCAACAGACGUUGACAACGCGACGGAAUCAACGCUUGCGACGACGGGGAACGAAACUUUGGAGGAGACAACGACGACGAUGUCAUCGGUGUACAGGGAAAUCGACGGUGAUGCCAUGAACGGCACCGACAUCGGCGAGUUCAACGCAACCGUCUCGACAGCUUCGACAGAUCCAAUCUUCGUCAACGAAACCCUGCCGUUCAACGUGACGGACUCUCCAAACACUACGCUCUCCCAGGUUGAGACAGUCACGGACGUCUCCAUGACGACCACAAUGGCCAGCGUAAUGAACGAAACAGAGUCGAUGAACGCGACGCUGACGUAUCCAGGUUUCGGCAACGGAUCGUCAACGGAAGAAGUGGACCCCGACUUGAACGUCAGCAACCGCACAUUCGCCAUGGGCAGGAACCUGACCUUCAUGAACAACAACACCCUGUCCGAAGAAGGCGUGGAUGUGGUGAACAGCACCAUGGAUUCGUGGAACAUGACGGCCGACGGCACGUUGCUGAACACUGCAAACAUCACGUUCGGAGAUGUCGACAGUACGAGCAUGAUGACCGAGAGCGACAAUACGACGCACGUUAGCAUGACGACCACCCAAUUCUUCAAUGAAAGCAUGGCAAACUCUACGGAAGAAAUGUUCAGGGCCCACUGUUCUUCCGAGGAAUUUUACUGUCCCGCCGAUGGAAGCCAUACUUGCCUGAAGACCAACCUUCUCUGCGAUCAGUUCGAGGACUGCCCUGGAGCCUUGGACGAACAGAAUUGCACCGACACCUGCGGAGUGAACUUCCAGUGCAAGGACACCUCUUGCGUCAUGGCGUCGGCCAAGUGCGACGGCAUCCGCGACUGCCCGGAAGGCGAAGACGAGCACAACUGCGACAUAGUAAACUCCACGUGCAGCGACCUCGAAGUGAUGUGUCCCGACAGCAGCGCCUGCAUCAAGCCGCUCAGCCUGUGCGACGGCAUCUACAACUGCAGAGACCGCAGCGACGAAAGCGGAUGUGUGGACAAGACUCUGUGCGAGCAAUCGAACAAGUUCUACUGCGGAGACAAGCUCUGCAUUUCCUCCGCUUUGAGGUGCGACGGCCACGAAGACUGCAAGGACGGAGAGGACGAGGUCAACUGCACCUGCGGUGAGAACCAGUUUCAAUGCAUGAACGGAUUCUGCGUAUCGUCUGCAACGGGGUCCGUUCGCUGCAACGGCAUCGCCGAUUGCAUCGAUGGAAGCGACGAGCGUGGCUGCGUGCAAGUGGACAACAACGGAUUGGCGCAGGCGUUCGACGGCGACAUGGGCUCGUGGACGCUCAUGUGCGCGGACAACGCGACGCUUGACCACGGGCACCAAAUUUGCCAGGAGAUGGGAUACAGCGGUGCCCUUUCGAUAAGGACGGUGAGGGUCGAAGCCAACGUCACCUCGUGGGGCUCGUGGAGCGACCCUUACGAGGGUCCCGACACCCUCUGGUCGAAGGGACUCACCUUCUCGGAGCCGUGCCACCAUGGUGCGCUCGCGGUCAGGUGCGACUAUUUCGAGUGCGAGAAUCAGACGGAAGUGCUGUUCCGCAUUGAGCGCGAGGCAACGGGCCAGCAGGCGCAGAACGACGUCUGGCCCUACCUGGCCCUGCUGCACGGCAACGACUCGGCGACCGCCUGCCACGGAGAGAUCGUGAGCCCGCUCUGGGUCUUGACCACCGCCUACUGUCUGCAGCAGCUUCCGCAGAACGCCUCGCAGCUGUACGUGCAGGCUGGCUUCGCGCGGCCUGCCAGCGCCCGCGAGCACCACCGCGUCGUGCGCGUGGUGCUGCACCCGCACUACUCGCAGUUCCGCUCCAGGACGCUGCCCGACUACGACCUGGCGCUCGUGAGGCUCGCCGAGCCGCUGUCCUUCGCCAACCACGUGGCCUCGGCCGUCUGCCUGCCCGACGACGUGGCCCGACCGGGCGUCACCUGCUUCGUCGGUAGCUUGGGAAACGGAAUGCCCCGAGUUCCAUUCACGACGGCGUCGUCGAUCAUCCACCUGCCAAUCGUCAUAAACGAGCUGACCACGUGCAACAACGAAGAGCACUAUAAAAACGAUGUCACCCAGAAAAUGAUCUGUGGAGACGGACGCCAAAUGAAGCGUCAGCUGUGCGAUGGUGAUCUCGGAGCUCCCUUGAUGUGCCUCUCGCCCAACAACAUCUGGCGCUUGGCCGGCGUGCUCAGCUACCAGCGGCACUGCGGCACCUACCAGAAGCACCCGUCCGUGUUCUCCAACAUCUACGAGAUGCGGGACUUCAUCCACAACGUGACCGGCCUGCUCUCCUACAACGUCACCCACGACCCGCAGCUGUACACGCUGCUCGAGUUCCCCCAGGCCGACGACGGCAACGUCUCGGCCGCCGUCCGCUCGCUCGCCGCCGGCAAGAUGGCCGGCCUCGAACACAACGCGUCGGCCGUGGCAGCCGCGCUCUAUUCGCACGAGAACAUCCUCGGCGAGCACGGGGAGAACGCCAGCGCAGCAACGACGACGGCGGCGGCGUCGACGAGCGCGGGGCACGACGUCAUGUACCUCGACUUGGAGGGCGUCAUCCCCAAGGUGAACCACACGAAGGACUCGAUCCUCGACUCGGAAGGAGAAGUUAACGUCACGGAGACGACCACCGUGGAGACUCCGACGACGCACAGCGGCGCGGGUGUGGAAGCCAGGCUUCAAGAGGUCGACCACGCGGGUGUCCACGCGACGACCACGACGAUGACAACGACGACUGCGAACGCUACCGAUGGCCCGACGGUCGUCGCCACCACGACGGUUGACCCUCACGAGAGCAUGGCCUCUUUGAGGCUCAUGGACGCCGACUCGGGCGACGUCUCGCCUCCGAGCGAGACUAGCCGCGAUGCCCCCGCGUCCUCUGUUCAGCAUGCUCACCAUGACGACCACGAAGACCGGCACCAACACCACACCGCGCCAGCGAACGAUACCAGAACAGAAGGCCGGGGCCGAUCUGCGCUCUUGGCCAAUCGGACAGUGGUCGGCGAACAGUUGCAAGCGUUUAUCGAGCGUAACAGCGCCGAAGAAACGAUGACAACUGAGCCGGGUUCGGUGGAGAACGGGACUGCACUUGCAGGAACUGCGACAGCUACGGAAAGAACGACCGGAACGUCCGACGAGGUCGACCGCGCCACUACGCACGACAACGCGCGAUCGCCGCUCGAGACUUCAACGGCCGCGACGAACGCUUCCAGCGCGGAAACGACCACGAUACUGACGGUGACAAGCCCGCGGCACGAUGGCCAUGCCUCCACGUCGAUGCUGGAAAAUGGCACGACGACGGUGGCGCCUGAAAGCUUGUCAACACUGCCAGCCGCAGGAGAUCCUACUGUCGACGAUUCACGCCGUGCCACGACCGAGGCUGCAAUCGUUGCGGCGCCGGCAGUACAGAAGAACGAGACACUGCACAUCGCAUCUCAUAAUUCGACCUGCCUAGGAUUCAGCUGCAACUCUGAUGGUGUGUGCAUUGACCAGUCCGGCGUUUGUGACGGCAAUUACGACUGCAAAGAUGCCAGCGACGAAAUUAACUGCGUCCAACUCAAGGAUGCAGUUGUACACGGGAGAAAAGAAGGAGCCGGUUGGAUGCCUGCUUGCGGGGACACCUGGGACGAUGCACUCAGUGACAAUGCCUGUCGAGAAAUGGGCUUCGAGAAGGCUUCGGAGACCAGCAUUAUUGCGCUCGAGUCACCGUACGCGAUGUCCCUUCGUCAUAGCAACAAGUCACAUGAGCAAGCGAGCAUACUGCAGUCACUGACACUCAGCAAUGAAACGUGCAAUACCAAGGUCACAAUGAAGUGCCAUCAUUACCAGUGCGGGCACUGGAACGCGACGUUAGCGGCCUCUCCCGGCGAUUCCUCCGAGUCCGGUUCAACGGAUGCUGGUCAUUCCGGACACUGGCCGUCGAUUGGUGUCCUGUCUUCGAAGGAGAGACACUGUGCUGCCCACCUAAUUUCAAAUCGUUGGCUUCUGACUUCUGCGUCCUGCAUGAACGAGAGUGGUUCUGGCUCCUGGACGUUCCGGUUCCUGCGACCGCACAACGCAUCCCACGCACCGCACUACUCCGUCAGCGGCAUUCUGUUCAACCACGGGCUGAACGUGUCUCAGCAAAUGGGCGUGGCCCUCAUCCGCCUGAACCAUGCCGUUGAAGUCUCUGACCAUGCAAGACCCAUAUGCCUGCCAGAAAAGGAAACUCAGCCGAAGAACUGCGUAAUCGCUGGCCUGGUCAAGUCCGUCGCAGAUCGUGCGCAUCAGCUGAACUUCGCACCGGUCGACAUCGUGCCAGCUUCACAUUGCCAUAGCGACCAUCCUGAACAUGACGGAAGCACGCUAUGUGUACGGAGCUUGGAGCCCACAGCGCCUCUAUGUCAGCCAUCGGCAGAGGCAGCCCUGAUGUGCACCGGCCAUCGCGGCCAAUGGGAGCUGCUCGGGUGGCUCUCGCAGUCGUCGGUUCUGAGGCUAUGCUCCGAGCACGGCACCGGCAACUCCACGGCGGCACUGCACGCGCCAAGCAGCGUCCUGCGCUCGAUGCGCUGGGUCCUGGACGUCGUCGGUCACGGCUUGGCAGUCAACUGAUGACGAUCGGCGGGCGGAUUGCGUGCGCCGGUGACGUCAUCACGGCGUAUUCCUUCCCGCUAUAUAUACGCCUCCCGGCCGCGAGAGGAACACUGUGAUACAACAAAAUCGGACCCGUUCUCCUCUCCCCCUCCCCCCUUUUUUUAGCUUUCCUUUUUUUUUUCAAGUCUGUGCGCGUGGACACUACAUUUCAACCACUGUGCCAGCGUUACAAGACAAGAAGGGGGGGAAAAACAAAGAAGUUGCUGCAAGUCAACGUGACAGACGCCUAUAGCAACGCAACUUGAAACACACAAUCCAAGAGGAGCCACAAACACAAAGGAGGAUGGGAAACAAGACACAGUUGCCAAGCAGAGGUCAAGAAGCCAACAAAAUGUGCGAGUGCCACUGUGAGUGCCAGCGGGCGAUGAACGUAUUAGCCGCGUCGUUUGUGGCGUUUUCAUACAAUAGGUGCGCGCUACUAAAGGAGCGAGAAGUCUGCUUCAGUGCACAUAUCUCCGACAACGCGCGCGCAUGCGCGCGUGUGCCUUUAGGACGAAAAAAAGAAAACAAAACGGGCGUCAGCAAACGGGACAGUGUGUGUACAUUGCUUUUGUAUUUGACUCUCCGUUUCCCUGUGGUUCUCGUUUCUCGACCUUUUCCUUCCUUUCUUUUUUCUUUUUUUAGUCGUUUCAUCGGGUGCCAAUGUCUUCUCCUGCUUAGUCUGUGCAAUGGUCGUGCUCAAGUGCUAUAGGUCACAAUAGAAAACGAGCGUACCCAUACACGCCACCGUAGCGAUGUACUGCUGUGAUGGUGAGCGCGUUGUAUUCCCCAAGUGACAUCGCUUUCGGCUGUCCUUCAGGCUUCAACGCGGGAGACGCGACCCCAUUUUAAUUAAGGGUCGCUUCACGUUUUCUGGUUUAGAGCCCCGUCACCUUUGUUUUUGUAUUUUCGUAGUUUGCUUUUUCUAGUGUGUUUGUUUCUGCUGUAUUUGCGGCGGGAAACUUCUUUUUUUGUCAACCACGCAAACGCGCAGACUUACGUCAAAUGCACGCGUAUCUCUCUGUCUGCGAGUGCUCUAGAUUUUACACUGCGCAGGAGUGAGUUGUUUUGUGAAUAUUUCUCGUGUCGCGCCGUGCUGGACUUCCCGAACCUGAGUGAGACCAAGGGCGUGCAUCUUUUUCUUCUUUUUAUGUGUGUACGUGCGAGCAUAGAAGCAGACUGUGUUUAGAUUUCUUCCAUUGUUGUGCGACAUGACGUAUUGUGCUUAAGAAGAUAGCCGCAUGCGGUGCAUGUUCUGGCUGCUGUCUUGCGAGGAGUGCGUUCUUUUGUAAUAUACGAGAGCUUUCUGUCACGUGCAGGCUUCGUUCCGCAAUUUCGGCGGCAUACUACGUACGUAUGUUUACCCACUUUCGAGCACCCGUGACCAGGGUCAGGCAGGUUCCAGAGCAAAUAAUGUCAUAAUAAUUUUAAAAUAAUAAUAAGUUUUCUCGAGAAGAUAAGAGGCGCGGGAGCAGAUCUUUGCCUGCGUUUCAAGCGGCCCGGCUGAAUAUUCAAAAUCGUUUGCAUUCCAGCCACGGCAACACAAAUCAGGUUGAUACAGUAUACAAAAGGGUGCACUAAGCUUCAGAAGCUGCGCAUGGCCUUCACAAUGUCUCGUCAAACGAACGUUCGUGAUGUCGUUUGAGCUCACUCGCACUGCUGGGCGAAGUGAUGCGAAACGGGACUUCGUUGCGAAUUACAGAGAACGAUGCCGGGUAACGAGAAUCGAUGUUGCUUUCACGAAAGCUCUGGCUAGCAUAGUCAUAGAAAGCCUGCAAACUUAGUCUUUUGUCUCCUCGCAGUGACUUGAUUCUCGUGGCGACAUUUUCACCGAGUAUAGUCGUGCUGAGAAGUUGCGCAUAACAGCCUCAAAAGAGCACAGGUGGUGGCUAGCCACCACUUUCUUUUUUUCUUUUCCUUUUUUCUUAUCAUCAGUGUUUUCUGUUGUGUGUUUAUGACCUACGUGUGUGUGGGUGUGCGUGCACAUGUUUUGUUUCUAGUUUAUUUGCAAACUCGUGUGUGUGGGUGGGUGUGACUGUAUGUAUAUGCCUGGGCGUGUGUCUCGUGCCUGACUGCGUGUGGACCGGAAUGUUAUUAAUCUAGGUGCGUAUUCUGUUCUAGGAUAUUUAUAUAAGCUAUUUUAUUCCUCGCUUUAACAUGUCGUAUGUUACCCUAACAGUCUUCCCUUCUUUUCCUCCUCUGUGACGUCGUUGUCUUCUCUUCAGCCAUCCCUUUCCCUUAACUGUGAACCGGGGUAGCGAGCCGACUGAACACGGCCUGUAUAAGUGCAGUUCUGACCAAAUGUCAAUAAACACGGCGAAAACCCGGCGA